UGGUAGACUACAUGGUGGAUCAAUCAGCGAUCCGUUCGCACCGUUUCAUGCACAUAAUCAUCGAACGAAGCGUGCAGUCUGCGGUAGUGGGUCCAUCUCGCAGUCCCUAGUCGGUCCGGCACGAAAACUACAUGGAUGGUGUGUGUUGAAGCUCAGACGGUGGCCAAGCUUAUUUGUGCAGUGCCUCAGAGGCAGUAUGUGCACGAGGCACGCAGCUAUUUCGAAGAUUCAAUUAGAAUUUAGAUUCGCUGAGAGCUCCUAGAACAUUCGAAUUUCUAAGUGUCGUCGUGGCUUGAGACGUGCUAUCCGUCACACUGCCAGUUCGACUAUUUUCGUCUUGCGUCGAACGACGGAGCCAGCGGCCGGCAAGUGUGCGGGAAGUACCCCUAGCUUUGAUUUGGCUAGGUGGUCAGUGGAGAGUGGGACUCCUCUUGCCUUCGGGACAGGGCGGUGACGGGCCAUGAACGGGCGGAAUGAUUAUGAAGCUUCUAGGACCCCACAUGGCGGAGUCCGUGCAUCGCAGUCGAUGCGGCGGAAAACACAAAACUGCCGAAGAUACGUAGCGCUGUGGAACGUCACAGUAACGAUUUGGAUAGGCUGCAGUCUCCUGACAGCACUGGUAUCAUUGGGCAGUGACGCAGAUGGACUAAAAGAUAAUUCGGGUCCACUGACCAUCGAGGACUACUGCCAGCCAAUCACCGGGGAGGUGUUGACCACGGAUGUGCCGCCGCAGUUCCAGAAGCAAUGGGGUGUAGCGUUUGUGCCCCACAUGUAUUCGAUUGUUGACAGGUUGCUUCGCCUGGACACACGUUGCAAUAUACAAAUCAAGCAGAUUGCUGUGGAAGGCGGAUGUACUUUCACGCUCAAACUAAAAUCCAAAGGCACGGAAACCAAUUUUUUUAGUAUUAAAGUCACAAUAAAUCCGCACGACGUCACGACCUGGGGCUUCAAAAAUUUUACGAUCAAUGUAGGCGAAUACCGAAACGCAACCGACCUCAAUAUUACGUUGCAACGCAAAUGUGUACAACGAAUUCUACUUCUGGCAGUUGAUAUCAAUGAAUGUAUAUCAUCACCAUGUCCCAUAAAGCUGACGUGUGUGAACACGAUAGGCAGUUACUCGUGCCAAUGUCCCAAGUACAUGGCCAAGGAGAUGACAUUGACCCCGUUCAGUGAGGCGCGGACCUGGAUAGGAUGUGGCGGCGGCUGUGGUGGUGGUGAUGGUGGUGGUGGCGGCGGCGGCGGCGGCCAAUUGAACUUCAACUUCAGUGACGUAUGUGUGGAGACUGCAUGUAUUGAGAGGUGUGUCACCAGUAAGACUGGGAUUGUUCCGUCCACCGCAACCCGUACAACAGGUGCCACUACUGACGCUGCAGUCACAGGUUCUCUACUAGUACUACAGCCACAGUACAACUGCACGUGGAAUGUCACAGAGCUUGGUGAAGUGACAUGUUCCGCGACAAUGCUGACCGCUGACGUUGGUAGUAUCCCUGACACUGGUACCAGCACUGGGCAUGUGACUACAUGGAACGGGCCCUGUUCCACGCCAUGCCCUCCACCCCUGGUAAACGACUGCAACAGUAGCUGUGUGUGUCCAACGGGCUCCGUUUCACGUGACGAGUUCGAGCAGAGAGUCGGCAUGGUCAUGCCAGACUGGGUCACGGCCUGUGUGGAGAUAGCAUGCCUGGAUGCGUGCACAGUCGCCGACAGCAGCAACAACACCAGCAGCAAUGAUAGCAGCAGCAAUGAAACCAUCCCCAGUGAUAGCAGCACGAGCAACAGCAGCAGCAACAGCAGCAGCAAUUGCAGCACAAUCAACAACAACACGAACCAUAUCCACAGUGCCAUCUGUGACACUAGCCACCACUCAACCAGCAGUAUCGGUAUCAAUACCAAGUCCAUACCCAGCAUCAAUAGUAACUCCAGCAUCAAACCAUCCAGCAGCCCCACCACCGCCAGUACCACCCCCGCCGCCAAAGUCCGCACUAACAGUAGCACCGACGCCGAGCUAAGCACUGCUAUCACGGCAGACGACCUCUCCGCCUUGCUCCGCUGCCAUCUCCGUGCGUAUGCGCGCAGUGUUACGACCUGCUCUCAGCCGGGCACUUUCUUGCCCAGCUCCGCUCCGCUGGUGGACACUACGAACACCGUAGUGCUCAUCUCAGUUGGCUGCGUUCUCGCGCUGCUCCUCGUUGCCGCGGUGCUCGUAGUGGGCAAGAAGUUCCACGACGGCAAGCUGAGCGUAGCAAUGCUGGCCUGGUACGUGCGCGGCGGCAGGGGAAAGUCCCGUGGUCACGGCCGGCGUCCCCGUGGCUACUCGGUGUCGCGAGAGCACACGCGCACGAGUGCGGUGGCGAGGGAGACGCGCCGUAGGACGGAGCUGAUCGAGGACGGGGUGGUGCUGGAGGACAUGACGAUGGCCGUACAGCCGACGGGUAACGGCAGCGUUCAGAGUUCAGUCGGCAUGACGAGCGACACAACCACUAACAAUAGCACCGCGUGUUUGAUGGGCGAUAUUGAGCGCGUAGAAAGCAUUGAUCCGAUCGGCGUUCGCACUUCUAUCCUAUCUACCAGCACCGUCCAGACGGAUGUACUUCACCAGGACUCCGCAACGAGCAUGAAGCAGGACAGUGCGAUAUCACCGCAGGAAUCACUGCUUACCACUCUCAGCUCAACGGUACACGACGAGGACGACACACCAGUGGACAUCAUCACGCAUCCCGUUACCAUGGCAGCGGCCCAUCACAAUCCGCUGAGCUCCGUGGCGACGACCGAUGAUGACUACGUCGACGACGAAUCUCCGUAUAGCACGCCAUUUGAAGUCCUGAACCGCGCCAUUGAGCACUUCACAGAGAGCGUGGCAGCCAACAGCGAAUCAACCGCUUCACCUGCAUCGGGGCAAUCACGCGGAGGUGACGCAGAACAAUCAGGCACACAGGCCAAGCGGCCCACAGACCUGGCAACUGAUGGCAGCCGGAAUGCCGUUCCUGACCUAGUGGUGACCGAGAACGAGUACAGCACACCGUUUGAAGUUCUGAAGGCGUCGCUUGGGGGCGGUGGUCCAGUGGAUGCAUCGGCACGCACAGGAGACCCAACCUCAACCGAUGGUUUAGCAGCAACAGCAGCAGGCGGUGCAGAAAAGAACAUCACAGGUCGGGUAAGGUCCACAUCAGCCGUGACUGCGCCCGAACUAUCAUCUCAGAAGUUUGCUCGUCAGGGUCGCUUCAGCCGCUCAAUGCGCAGCAUUUCGGCAACCAGCCAAGCCAAACGAGUGAACCCGGCAGUUAAACCCAUCCCGUACAGUGUGUACAAGAAGACCCAUCGCAAGGCUGCGUCGACGACGAAUGUGGAACGCACCACCUCACAAAGCGAUUCCAUGUUGAGCACUACUGGCAUGAGUGCGUCGAGCUCAAUGCUGGCCACAUCGCCGAUAUCAUCCGGGUAUGCACCCUUGUCGGACUUUCAAACGACGGCUGUUGUGAACGGAGAACAUCAGCAGGCGACACAGCCCGACAGCGAGAUGGAAAACUCCGCGCGAGCGGCGAGCGAUGAAAGAGCCGAUCGCCGGGCGAAUGAGGGAUUGGCAGCGUGCGGCUCCGAUGUCUACGCCGUGCCUCGUAACCGGAACCAAAACAAACACGACGGCGACGACACCGAUGGUGAUAACACUCCGGCUGGGGACGGCGGCGAAAUCCAAGUAAGCGGCGCUGGGAUUUACGCUCGCGUCAUCAAGAAGCGACGCAACACCGCCCCAGGUGCGGCCAUGCUAAGGCCGCUUGCUCUUACACGGCAGAAGCACCGUCAGGCUGGCGAGAGUUCCGAGCUGCAUGACAUGGCUGCCGGCAAGGAUGAUGCUGCUCAUUCUUCAGAACAGAAUCAGUGUUGAUGUGCUAGCUGUUGUGAACGUAGAAAUCCGGUGGAAGGACCGUGGCCCUGCGGUCUUACUUCCACACACCACACACACACACACACACACACACACACACACACCACACACACACCACACACACACCACACCACGAACACACACACACACACAUACACACCACACACAUACACACCACACACAUACACACACUGUAAGAAUGAGUUAGCACGCUUGCAGCUGUGCUCAUGCCUGCGUGGUCAGCUGCUCCCCACGGUCACUUGACAUCUCAACUGAUUUCAAUGUCUGCAACAAUAGAAUAUUUGAGUGUGUGCUACAUAGCUUUUUGCGCAUGUUAUGCUGGACACACUAUUGUCGCCAAGUUGCAAGAGAAGCAUUUAAAAGGUCAGGAUAAUUAUCACUGUGUAUGUAUGCAUGCGGGCACAAUUAUUAUUGUGUGAGUGUGUGUGUGUGUGUUUGUGUGUGUGUGUGUGUGUGUGUGUGCGUGUGUGUGUGUGUGUGUGCGCGAGUGCGUGUUCGUGCGCGUGUGUUUAUGGGAAUGUGCACGUCCGUGCUCAUGUGUCUAUGCGAGUGUACAAAUUCUUCAGGUUGUACAUGUGAGCGUCGUGCACGCACGCACCUCUAUACAUGUAAUUUUAGUUUGAUUAUUAUUUUCUGUGCUUGAACCAACCGAACUCUACUUGAGCCGCCAAAUAGGGCAGGCAGAUCACAUGUUGUCACAUUCACCUUUCCAAAUCUAAGUCCUUCAAGUGGAUGGAUAGAGAUUUACAGGCGACAUCCUGCAUGGCACGGUCCGGCAGCAAUCAUGUCUCCCUUUUCUAAGUACCGCACUUCCCCGAAUACACGUCACAUCGUUUUCCACUUAACUUCAAAGGCAAAGAAGGGGUGCGACUUACAAUCCAGAGUGACUACUGCUUACUUGUG